AAAACAGUAAUGCGCCAUCGACAGGGCGGAGUUGUAAACAGCUGGUAAGGAGGGAGAGAUUGGCGCAUGCGCUGUUCAAUACCGGCGACAGCUCGAGAGGGCCUCACGAAUUAGGGGAUUAACAGAACCCAAUUUGACAGGUGGCACAAUGAGUCAGAGUAAGGACAACAAUGCCCGACUGAAGAGCUACAAGAACAAAUCGCUUAACACUGAUGAAAUGAGGAGACGACGGGAGGAGGAGGGCUUGCAGCUCCGUAAGCAAAAGAAGGAUGAACAGCUGUUCAAAAGGAGAAAUGUCGCAACGGUGGAAGAUGACGGCAGUGCGCUGGACGAUGAUGGAAUGGUUGACAGUGGCUACCUGGAGUCACAGGCUAACAAUGUGGACCUGCUCAUGGGUGGCAUUAUCUCUGAGGAUAUGACUCAAAUGAUCUUCUCUACUACCCCUGAGCAGCAACUCAUCGGUACCCAGCGAUUUCGGAAACUCCUUUCAAAAGAGCCCAACCCACCCAUUGACGAAGUCAUUGCCACACUGGGGGUGGUGGAGCGCUUUGUGGAGUUCCUGAAGAGGCGAGAAAACUGCACGUUGCAGUUCGAGGCUGCGUGGGUGCUCACCAACAUUGCAUCGGGCACUUCCCAUCAGACGCGGGUGGUAAUCCAAGCUGGUGCUGUUCCCAUUUUCAUCGAGAUGCUCAGCUCAGAUUUUGAAGACGUACAAGAGCAGGCUGUGUGGGCACUGGGCAAUAUUGCGGGAGACAGCACAGAAUGCAGAGACUUUGUUGUUGACUGCAACAUUCUGCCUUCAUUGCUGCAGUUACUGGCAAAACAGACUCGGCUAACAAUGAUGAGGAAUGCAGUGUGGGCGCUCUCAAACUUGUGCAGGGGGAAGAAUCCUCCUCCUGACUUCACAAAGGUGUCCCCAUGUCUCAGCGUGCUUUCUUGGCUGUUGUUCGUCAAUGACAUUGACAUCAUGGCCGAUGCUUGCUGGGCUCUUUCGUACCUGUCGGAUGGGCCCAAUGACAAAAUCCAGGCUGUCAUCGACUCGGGGGUUUGUCGCAGGCUGGUGGAGCUAUUGAUGCACACUGAUUACAAGGUGGUAUCUCCCGCUCUACGAGCUGUUGGUAACAUCGUCACUGGUGAUGAUUUCCAGACACAGGUCAUCCUCAACUGUUCAGCCCUGCAGUCCCUUCUCCACCUCCUGAACAGCCCCAAAGAGUCCAUCAAGAAGGAAGCUUGCUGGACCAUCUCUAACAUCACAGCAGGGAACCGAGCACAAAUACAGAUGGUGAUCGAUGCUAAUCUGCUGCCUCCUCUCAUCAACAUCCUGCAAGUGGCAGAGUUCCGCACAAGGAAGGAGGCGGCAUGGGCGAUUACCAACGCCACUUCAGGGGGCUCCGCGGAGCAGAUCAGACAUCUGGUGGACCAAGGGUGCAUAAAACCCCUGUGUGAUUUGCUCACGCUGAUGGACUCCAAAAUAGUGCAGGUGGCCCUGAAUGGCAUCGAAAACAUCCUGCGGCUGGGCGAUCUGGAGGCCAAGAGGGGGGGCGGCAUCAACCCCUACUGUGCACUCAUUGAGGAGGCUUACGGUCUGGACAAGCUGGAGUUCCUGCAGGGCCACGAGAACCAGGACAUCUACCAGAAAGCCUACGACCUGAUCGAGCGCUACUUCAACGUCGAGGAUGAAGAUGCCUCGCUGGUCCCCGCCGUGGACCUGCAGCAGCAGCAGUUCCUCUUCCAGCAGUGCGAGGCACCCAUGGAAGGCUUCCAGCUAUAAUGUCUACCCGCUCGGUCCUCCACGACUGGCGAGAGUGACCCAUCCAUCUUCCCUCCUUCUCGAUUGUGAUUAUGUCCAAUUACUGGAGCGUGGGUCUGCUGUCCUGUGUGAAGCUAGCCCCUUUUCGUCAUCCCCAAAAUAUAUCCUGCUGCUUUGGCAACUGAGCGGCGCUUGCUCGCAUGAAUGAUUGAGUGACAUCGAACUCACCUUGACUCUAGACUGACCAACAAGACCACAUUUUGACCUGGACUCAACUGACGAAAAGGCACUUAAGACACACAUCUCCUCCCCUCUUCCCUCUUUCUCUCAGCCUAUUGAUGGACAAAUCAGGAAUUUGACUUCAUUGCUGAGGGCGGAGCUUCCAUAUCACCCUCGUUUGGACGGCCUCUUAUACUCCCGUGGAAUGAAAACAUUCAUUCGAUGCAAUCUUCCCUCAUACACAAAGCCUAGAACACUCUCCAGUGGGGAUUUAUUAUUUUAUUUUUAUUUUUUGGUGCUCAGAAUCAUUUCAUUUUCACUGCACUUUAGCUUUCAGGACUGACGCCUCUUCGUUGUGAACAAAUUUGACUCUUCAACUGGUUGAUCACAUACAUGGUGAGUCCCCUGACGAGGAGUACUUUCCAAUCAUGCCCCGCCCGCCCCACUCCAACAAAAAAAAAGUGACUCUGGCAUCGUGGACUGGCACGCUAACUUCUGUCGGACUGAGAAUUGGCUGACGACAUGGCUUUCUCAUGCUGUGUUCUGCCAGUGUUUUCUUCUUUAUGCCAAAUAUUUAACUCGCGGAUCAUCUUAGGGCGGGUGGGGUAAGGGGGCGAGGGUCUGAAUCUUAGCAUGGUUCACAUGGUGCCGUAAAAUCUUCAACAAUCCAGAUCAUUUCAAUGGGAAACUUGAAAAAUACUGGCCGAUCGCCGGAAUGUUUAUCUGGAUGUUUGCUUAUAGAUACUAUUCGAUCACGUGAUCAGUAUUCGAUUGUCCGCUGAAUUGGAGGUUGAGAUUAGGAAGAGGAUUAUGACCACUUUCAAUCCUGACUGGCGCCUCAAUAGUUCUCCUCUGACAGGUUCACCUGUGGAAACACCAUAAACGUUUUCUUCCUCUAGAUUGCCAACUUUAUGAAAUGUUUACUCCUGAUUAUCUGGCCAGGGUGAAAGCCACAAUUUUUUUUCAAUGACUAGUUGUUUUUUUUCCUUCCCUUUCACACUGGUUCAAAAUUGGUUCAGGUCUUGAUGAGCUGACAAUUUGACUUGUUUUGUUGCACACUGCAGAUUUCUCGAUUGACACAUGCACAGAGAACCAGAACACGACAGUACGUUGACCUCCAACAUGGCGGCCUGAGGCAUUUCCAGAAAUGUGCGACGUCAUGGGAAAUCUCUGUAAGAGGCAACUUUCUCUACAUGGAAUGAUUAACGCUCUCAUGUUGAGUUUGUGCGACUUGUCCCCCUUCUCUUGCCCUUUGCAUAAAAAGGAAUCUCGUGA